AAAAAAACAACAGGUUAACAAAUAAUAAUAAAAAAAAACAAAAACGGAGCGCGAUUUUUUUUUUUUAAUUGUCGAAUGAAUACGUUUACAGUGUUUAAAAAGACCAAUGCAUACGACAUUUUGGCUGUAGGAGCGCCGCGCAGGAGCAGCAGCGUGAAGGCGUGCAAAGGGAGGAGGACAGGAAAUUAAGGAGAUACCUGGAAGGUCUCCGUCAGUCCACAUUUCAGCUGGAGCGAGAGGAGAAGGAGGCGCAGGGGAGGAGAGCAGGGAGGCCAGGAGCGUUUGGCAGCUGUUCCAGCAGCCGCUCGUGUUGCUUCGGCUGUUCGGGGCUUUUUUUUUUUUUUUUUUUUUUUUGUCUCCCCCCUCAACACCACAAAAACCCGCAUUACCCUUUAUUUCUUUUUUUUUUUUGAUGAACAUGUUCGUAUUUUUAACUUCAAUGUGAGAUACAACUGCUGUAAAAAAACAACAAAAAAAACAACAACAAAUAAUUACCUUCAAGAGAGUUUUAUUUUUGUUCCGUCGUUGAUUUCCGAGAUUUUGUUUUUCUUCUUUUUGUUUUUUUCUUUGCUCGUAUUUUUUUGUUUUUUCGUGUUUUACAACUUUUUUCAGCUGUGAGUAGCAGGAGCUUCCGCUCUCCAAAACGUAUUUUGGAAAGCCCUUCCUUUCUCAGUCGGGACCUGACAACCUGGUAUUCCUCAAGCACCUCAGCCUGGCAGCUAUUCUCUUGGUCUCUGCGUGUUUGGGGAGUCGUUCUGUGACCACAGCUUAAGCACCACUCAGCCUUCUAGUCACCCAAGCCUAACUAAAAUCCAGCCAGCUCUAGCCUGGUCCAGCCCAGUCCAGCCUGCUCCGAUUAUUUGGACAGGAUACUCAGUUCUGUGUGGACGUGAGGAAUAUGACUGCUGAGACUCUUAACUUCGGCCCAGAAUGGCUUCGUGCACUGUCCAGUGGGGGGAGUGUGACGUCUCCCCCUCCUUCCCCCGCCAUGCCAAAGUACAAGCUGGCCGAGUAUCGCUACGGCCGAGAGGAGAUGUUAGCACUUUAUAUCAAAGACAACAAGGUCCCAGAGGACAUGCAGGAUAAGGAGUUUGCUGCUAUUUUGCAAGAUGAGCCCAUGCAGCCCCUGGCACUGGUGCCUCUCACCGAGGAGGAGCAGAGGAACUUCUCCAUGUCCGUGAACAGCGCAGCAGUGCUGAGGCUCAUGGGAAAGGGAGUGACUGGGGCCGCGCCCGCGGGAGUCGUCCGCGGACGAGGGGCCGCUCGAGGCGGUCGAGGCCGAGGCCGUGGUGAAGCGGGAUUCUACCAAAGAAGUAUUGAAGACGCCGAAGUGGGUUUCAGUCGCAGCGUCCGGGAGAUCCACCGCAGCCAGAGCUGGGACGACCGGGGCGAGCGGCGAUUCGAGAAGCCGCUGCGGCGGGAGGUCGGGCGUCCCACUUUCGAGGAGGCCAGCGUUCCCGCGGGUCCCGCCAGGAAGGAGUACACAAGGGCUGACAGCGACAACUGGCGCACCCUCCGCGAGGAGCAGGAGGAGCAGAACGAGGCGGAGCCGGGAACCAACUGGAGACUCUCUGGAGCCCGCAGGGACGACGGCGGUCCUCGCUCAGCGGGCUGGCGGGAACACGUCGGUCCAGGCGAAGGUCGGCGAAGGAAGUUCGACUUCGACUUCCGGGACUCGGAGGGUCACGGCGCUGGCCGCCGGCGCGCCGGGAGCGAGGGGCUGGAGGACGACAGGGACGGCCUGCCCGAGUGGUGCUUAGACGAGGAGGACGGAGGGAUGGGAACCUUUGACUCCUCGGGAGCGUUCAUGCCAAUGAAGAAGGGUGGUAAGGAGACAAUCCUGGAGGAGGCGUUUGAUUUCCGGGGCAUAGAGGAGGAGGAGGAAGACGACGAGAGCUACCCUGAUGCAGAGAGGAGCAACGGAGAAGGAGAUAAAGACAAGGAGAGUAAAAACAGCCUUCCUGCUGCAGGGGAAGACGAGAUGAAGCCAGCAACACCCUCCACCACCGCCUCCUCCUCGUCGUCCUCCUCCUCGCCCCCGGCCCACUGUGCCCCGCCGUCACUGGAGCUGCAGCCUGGGGGCGCCGCUCAGCUGAUGGACGGCUCUCUGCUGAACAGCAGCCACCCUGUGAAGGCCGGCAGCGCCUCUGCUGACGACUCCAUCGGGGGCUCCAAGGUCCAGAUCAGCGCCGCGGCCAACGCCUCCACCUCCUCCUCCAGCCUACCUCCCCCACCCUCUUCCUCUGCUGCUCCGCUCCUCCCUCCCUCUGGAGGAGACCCCGAGGACGACGAGGGCCUGAAACACCUGCAACAGGAGGCAGAGAAGAUGGUGGCUUCGCUGCAGGACACCUCGCUGGAGGAGGAGUGCUUCACCCAGACUCUGCAGCAGCAGGAGAGCAGGAACACGGCGGCCGCUCUGCCGCUGUCCCACGAAGCUGCCCGCAAGUGGUUCUACAAAGACCCGCAGGGAGAGAUCCAGGGUCCCUUCACCACGGUGGAGAUGUGCGAGUGGUUCCAGGCCGGCUACUUCACCAUGACGCUGCUGGUGAAGCGGGGCUGCGACGAGGGCUUCCAGCCCCUGGGGGACGUCAUCAAGAUGUGGGGCCGCGUGCCCUUCGCCCCCGGGCCCUCCCCGCCGCCCCUGCUGGUGAGACAGCUGCCGCCGACGCAGCGCUCGCAGCCCAGCCGGAGCUCCUCCGGGUCGGGGAACCUGGACCAGGAGCGGCUAAAAAAGCAGCAGGAGCUCGCAACGGCAGCUCUUUAUCAGCAGCUCCAACAGCAGCAGCUAUUCCAGCUCAUUAACAGGUGCAGUGAGCAGGGUAUGAUGCCUUCGAUGAACAGGUCGAUGUCAGUGCCAGAUACAGGGUCCAUGUGGGACAUGCAUACCUCAGCUUCACAGUCGUCAGGCGGUGAAGCCAGUCUUUGGGACUUAACCAUAAAUCCCAAUACUCAGGGUCCAACUCUUGAACAGCUUCAGAAGCUCCAGGAGAGGCGAGACGCCGAACUCAGGGCGAAGCGCGAGGAGGAGGAGCAGCAGCGCAAGAGGAGGGAGGAGAAGAGGCGGCAGCAGGAGGAGCAGAAAAGGAGGGAGGAGGAGGAGCUCUACAGACGCAAGCAGCGUCAGCAGCAGGAACUGCUCAUGAAGCUGCUGCAGCAGCAGUCGCCCCAACAACAGGGGCCCGGAGUGGGAGGCUCAGGAUGGAGCAGCGCUUCCUCCUCUGGCCUCUCAAAGGCGGGGAAGUCCCUGACCAUGCUGGAGAUGCAGGAGGCCGAGAGGAUCUUAAAGCAGCAGCAGCAGAGAGCCCAGCAGCAGAGGCACGCCGGCCUGUCCAUGGGGAGCUCCUCCAUGGGCGGCCAGUGGGCCGACGGCGUCGGCAUGUGGGGCGGCCUGGAGGGGAAGGGCGGAGGCGGAGGCUCGUCCAGCAGCAUGGGCAUGUGGGACGAGGCGGUGAAGAACCAGGCCGGCCUGCGCGGGAACACCAACAACAACCUGGGCUUGAAGAACAGCCGCAGCAGCCCCUCGCUGACCGAUCAGUACAUGAUGCGUCGCAAGAGGACGGAGGACGAGGAGAAGCUGCUGAAGCUGCUGCAGGGCAUGAAGCCCCAGGACGGCUUCACCACCUGGUGCGAGCAGAUGCUGCACGCUCUCAACACCUCUGCCAACAACUCCUCCUCCUCCCUGGAUGUUGCCACCAUCGUGGCGUACCUGAAGGAGGUGGAGUCCCCCUAUGCAGUGCUGGAUUUCAUCCGGUCCUACCUUGGGGACACAGUGGAAGCCAAAGAGUUCGCCAAACAGUUUCUUGAGCGACGUGCCAAACAGAAAGCCAACCAACAGAGACAGCAGCAACAGCUAUCAAAAGAAGUGGGUGGGUUGAACAUGAACUUCCCUCUGCAGGACUCAAUGCGAGGUAUGAAUCCAAGCACUCUGCAGUCCAUGUUUCAGGCCAACCACAUGGGCAAAGCCGGUCUUUAUGACAACCAGGGAGGAAAGAUGAAGAAGAAACCAAGCAUGAUGCUGCACUCUGAUCCCAGCAUCUUAGGGUACUCAUUCCACAACACGGGCGAAUGUCUGAGCAUGAAUGAGCUGGAGAUGGUGGAGGAUUACUGAUGUGACGCAG